GUCAAGGCGCGAGGGAUAUCCCACCUCACGCCCGUGCAAGAGCGCACGCUCAGGUGCAUGAUAACCGAGGGCAGAGACGUCCUCGUGCAGGCGCCGACGGGCUCCGGGAAGACGCUCGCGUACCUCCUCCCGCUGGCGCACAUCCUAUCGAAAAACGACACGUGGCGCGACGAAACGAAUAAACCAAUCAAAACCGGCCACGUCGCCGCGAUCGUGUGGCUCCCCACGCGCGAGCUCGCGGCGCAGGUGUACGAACACGCGGCGCUUCACGUCGCGGCGGCGGGGCUUCGAUGCGCGCUCUGCGUCGGCGGCGCGCCGGACGCGCCGCAGAUCGCCGCGAUCAAAGCCGGCGCGAGCGUCGUGAUCGGAACCCCGGGACGGGUCAAAGAGCUCGUCGACCGCGGCGUGAUCGACCCGACGUCGCUGUUGGUGCAGGUGUUGGACGAGGCGGACCGGCUCUUGGACGGCGGGUUCGAGUCGGACGUCGAAGCCGUGAUGCGACCGCCGGGGGGCGACGCGCGGACGGCGUGCCUCAGCGCGACGUCGCCGCCGAAACUCGCGCGGUUCUUACGGGGGCGACUCCCGAGAGACCACGCGCUCGUGACGAUCGCGGGAUACGGCGGGUCGUGCGUGGGAGGGACCGUGGAGCACUUGGCGAUCGCGGCGCGGGAGGACGACGUCGUCGGCGUCGUCGUGGACGCCGAACGACGCCUCGCGAACGAAGACGUCGGCGACACCCGCCGCAAACGCCGCGUCGUGUCCUCCCUCCACGGCGACCUCCCUCAGACCGCGCGCGAUGCCGCGAUCAAAUCCCUGCGCGACGGCGCGUGCGACGUCCUCGUCGCCACGGAUGUCGCCGCGAGAGGGCUGGACCUCCCGGGUGUCGAACUCGUGAUUCACGCGGAUCCGCCGCGAAGCGCGGACGCGUACGCGCACCGCGCCGGACGCGCCGGCAGGCCCGGGUGCGCGGCUCGAGGCGUGAGCCUG